AAAGCAGUAGAAAUAUUUUGUACUGAGAACUCAGUGUAAAGGUCAGAUUCUGUCUGACGGGGAUUUCAGUGCUAAAAGUUUUCUGUGAAUGUUGAUGAGUUUGUGUUGUUGUUGUUUGGCAGAGCGAGGAGGACGACACGAGGAGCGUCACAACGUCCUCCGUCAUGUCUCUGUUCCACAGGGUUUCUCUGGAUCCUCUGGAGAAGGAGUGGCUGAAGAGCUGUGCCGUGGGGAACAUGGCCGCCCAGGGCCGGCUGCUCGCUCAGGAGCCCGGGCUCGUGCUAAAGAAGGACUUCAUCACUUUUACAGCGCUUCACUGGGCAGCCAAGCACGGCCGUGAGGAUGCCGUGGACAUGAUGCUUCACUCUGGAGCCGAUGUCAACGUCAGAUCAGGUUACACAGCUCUUCACCUGGCCUCCAUCCACGGACACCAGGACGUCGUUCAGACCCUGAUCAACACUCACAAUGCUAAAACCAACAUCAGAGAUUACCACGGGAAGAUGGCCGUUCAGUACUGGAGUGGCAGCACCGACGUCUUCGACAAACCCGAGUCUCAGUCAGGCGGGAGGUGUGUUCGCCGUCGGCGGACACAGCGUUACGCUCUGCCAUCCUUGCUGCUGUCUCGCUCUCGCAGUCAGGGACAGCUCAACCUGGAGUUCAGGACGCCGCCUCAGUCCUGCUCCCACGACGCCUUGGACCUCCAUGUUUAAAGUUCCUCGCCCUGCCUGAAACCCGGUGACCUGCUCUGUCCUCGUUCGGUCCACUCAAGGUUUCUGGGCUUGAAACCACAGAUGGCUGCAGGAGGUGGAUGUGAGCUGUGUUACUGCUAAAGAGCAGACCCGGACCUGAACACAAGAUGGGCCUCAUUUUAAAGCCAAGGUUCAUCAAGCAGAGGUGUCAAACAUAAGGCCUGCGGGCCAGAAUUGGCCCUGCAAAGAUCCAAGGAGGACAUGAACUGUAAGUUUGCUGAUGAAGCCCUGCCUCAUGCUCAUUCAGGCCUCACCAAAGUGAUGAAGAACAGAUAAAGAAUUAAAGUUUUUUCACUCUUGACUGUAGAAACGUGUUUUUUAUAGAAAAACAAAAACAGACGUUUUCUGUGAAUCAACAGAAACGUUCAGUCUGAGCAACGAGCCACAGAACCUCUCCAAUUUUACAUAUCUUUCUCUUUAUGUAGAAAAUCUUCUUAUUCAGAUAUCUCAGGGAUUAAGUGUGUGGAGUUUCACCGGGAUGUAUGUGUCCCACCUUGUUAAAUCACUUUGAUGUUUCCUGCUUUAAAGCAGGGGUG